CCUUCGUCUUCUUCUCCUCCUCCUCGUGCGCCUCCCCGUCUGGCAAUUCUUCUUCAAACCGCCUCACAAUGUCUGAUACUCCCCCGUUGCCCCUUCUCGCUCGCGGCGGCGGCCUCCUGCGCUCUUUAUCUACCUCCUCCCGCUCCUCCGUCUCCUCCUCCCGCUCCUCCGCCUCCUCCCAGCUCCGUCGCUACUCCUCCCUGCGCUCGCCCGCAAAGACCCCAGACCUCUCCUCCGCCAACAAACCACUCAUCAGCUCGCCUAUAUCUGUCUCCCACUCCACCUUCCCCGACCCCUCCUCCUCCUCCGACCUCGACACCUCUUCCUCCUCCUCCAUGCUCAACGUCGGUACCCCUGGCGCAUCUGCCAUGCGCCAGAUCGCAAAACGCCUCGAGGACGUCGCGGUCCCCGGUCCGCCCAUGCGCGACAUCUGGCUCAAAAACGAGGCAAAGACAUCCUCCAGUCCUCCUCCGAAGCGCAAGACUCGCAAGGAGUCUUCUUUCCGGACCUCCGUCGCGUGGCCCACCCGCGCCUUCAAAUCCUCCCACGACUCCACCCCUCCACGCUCCUCUGCAAACCGCGAGUCCGUCAUCUCCGACCCGUUCAACGUCUCUCACGUCCUCCACGUCGACGUCGACGACUUUGUCCGCAACCAGCAGUCCCGCCGCGCUCCUCCUUCUGCCCCUGAACCCCCCUGCAACCCAGCCCCCCCGGCCAAGGACGACGACAAUGAUUCGCAGCUUCCGCCGCCUAUCCCUGCAAAGAAUCCCCGGACACCACUGCUUUCUUCAACUACCCCUUCCGGCGACGCUGCUGCCUUCCACACCCCUCCUGUUUCGCCAGAGACGACAGGCAAGCUAAACCCCAAGCCCAGCCGCCCGCUGUCUGCCAACGCAUUCGAUUCCUCCACCACCACCACUUCUCCCUCCAAGCCCUCCAUCCGGCGAUACAGCCUCAACCCGCCGUCGCCCGUGAGCUCAGACAACCGCUCGUCGACCACCUCGUCGCUGAUCUUCUCGCAGUCCUGGCGCGGCAGUCUGCGGAACUCGGCACAUAGCGCUGAUACCGAGCACUCUGCUCUCGCUCUCGGCCCGGGCGAACUGCUAUACAAGACCGCAAACGAUCCGCUAGAUGAAGAAGAGGAUGUCGACGACGACGACGACGACAGCAACGCGCGCACCCCGCCGCCUCGGCCGCCGCGGCCGGAAAAUUCGUGGCUAGACGACGAGCGCGACAGGUUGCUGAUCGAGGAGAUCAUGGACUCGUACUGCCGCUCCUCGCUGCUCUUCUCGUGCUCGUCCGUCAAUUUCCAACAAGGCGAGUUUGUCCCCGGCGAACCGGUCAGCAGUCGGCGGCCGUCUGAGGUUGUCCUGGAGCAGCAGCCAGAGCACAACAACGGUGGCGCGUCGCCUGCACUUCCCAGUAUCCCUCCUCUGAACCCGCUCCGCAACGCCUCUACACCAUCAGACGCAUGCAUCCCCACUUCCACCACCUCAACCACAACAAUCAGCACCGCAAAGCCCCCUCACAUCCCGCUACGCCGCCGCUCCGCCGAACUCUUCCCGACCCGCGCCCAGAGCCUAAAGUACAGCGGCGGCGGACUCAAUUUCCCGCUGCACAACCGGCGCAUCAGCGAGGAGCCUGACGAUCUGUAUGAUCCGGCGCAUCAGCGGAGUAGUUUGCUGAAAGCGAAUCGGAUUAGUAGAGAGGUUUGCGCGGGGAGGGAGUCGCCUAUUUUGGGUGGUGGGGGGUUCAUUUAGUUAUAGAGUAUCGUUUUUUGCCAGUUAUUCUUCAUUUGCUUCAUCAUUUGUCAUUACACUAUUAUCUAUUGUUAUUGUAUUAUAAGGAGAGUCGUUAGAUCUGAUUAUUUGAUCUACUUCUAACUCGCAGGUGUUGACAGGUUUCAGGCGCACGUUGUUUAUAUAGUCUUCUUUCGCAAUAAGUUGUUCUACUUCCAUUUCAGAUCUACUAUUCUACA